AUGCCGGAGCAGAGCAACGACUAUCGUGUGGUGGUGUUUGGGGCGGGUGGAGUAGGGAAGAGCUCCCUGGUCCUGCGCUUCGUGAAGGGCACCUUCAGGGACACCUACAUCCCCACGGUGGAGGACACCUACCGCCAGGUGAUCAGCUGCGACAAGAGCGUGUGCACGCUGCAGAUCACCGACACCACGGGGAGCCACCAGUUCCCCGCCAUGCAGCGUCUGUCCAUCUCCAAAGGCCACGCCUUCAUCCUGGUCUACUCCAUCACGAGCAAACAGUCCCUGGAGGAGCUCAAACCCAUUUACCAACAGGUCCUGGCCAUAAAGGGCAACGUGGAGGCCAUUCCCAUCAUGCUCGUGGGCAACAAGAGCGACGAGACCCUGCGAGAGGUGGAGACCAAGGAUGGCGAGGCCCAGGCCAACCAGUGGAAGUGCGCCUUCAUGGAGACAUCGGCCAAGACCAACCACAACGUCACCGAGCUCUUCCAAGAGCUCCUCAACCUGGACAAGAAGAGGAACAUGAGCCUCAACAUCGACGGCAAGCGCUCGGGGAAGCAGUCCCGCGCCGAGAGACUGAAGGGCAAAUGCAGCGUAAUGUAA